GUGAGGGUCACCAUGGACAGCUCACCUUAUUUCAAGUUGGUCGGCCCCAAUGGUGUGUGCCAUCAGAUCCCACCGGGCUCAUUUUGUACUAUAAACAUCCUUUUCACCCCUGAGGGGAGCAAGUUACUUUUCCUGCAGGAUCAUUUCCACCAGCUUGUCUGCAGCAGUGAAAGGGAAAAGGUCUCUGUGCCAAUCCGAGCCAUUGGUGCCCGCCCAGUCUUGGACUUCCCUGACUGGCUGGACUUCUCGUCGUGUCCAGUCAACCACAGCACCCAGAAGACUCUGCUGGUUCACAACACUGGGAACCUGGAAGCCUGUUACAGCCUCAGCACUGAGAGCCCUUUCACUGUCAGCCCAACCACGGGAACCCUCGAUGCUGGUGAAGCCAUGCAAGUGACAGUGGAAUAUCACCCGCUGGAGACCGGGCAUCAUUCCACAUCCCUGGCAGUGCACUGCGACAGAGGUGAAGAUACCCACACCAGACUUCUUGGAAAAGCUAAGGACUUCAACAUCGGGCUGGACAAGUACUCUUUGGAACUUGACAAGACUUAUCUCACACUGUCAAGUCACAGAACCACGGUCAUCCACAACAGAAGUAACAUCACAGCCCGAUUCCAGUGGAAGGCUUUUGCUACUGAGGCAGAGGAGUAUCCGCAGAAGAUCAGGCUGUGUCACAAUCUGUCUCGGUCGCCCCUCGAGCUGGCGAAGGCUCUUGUGAUGAAGUGCUAUGAGGAGCUUGACCUGUACGACCGCGAGUUGGAGAAGGAGACAGCAAAGAUUCAAGCAGACCCCAUGCUGUUCUCAGAUGAUGUUUUCACCAUUGAGCCCUUGGAAGGAGAGGUUGGGCCACAUUGUUCAGCUGAAAUCAAGGUGUUCUUUAAACCCCGAGAAGCCCAAGUCUAUAGAAAAGUGGCCUACUGUUCCAUCUCAGGCCGUGAGAGCAGGCUGCCCCUGCGCCUCACAGGGGAAGGCCUCGGGCCCUGCCUCCAACUCAACUCUGAGGAACUGGACAUGGGGAAAGUUUUGGUUGGAAAAGCCUACAGCUAUGAGGCAAUGUUGGUUAACAAAGGAGCUAUUGAUGCUCCCUUCAAGCUCAUCCCUCCAACCACAGCCCACAGCUCCUGCUUCACCUUUCUGCCCCAGCAGGGCAUCAUUCCACCCAAUGGGCUCCAGCCUAUCCAGAUCUCCUUCAGUUCCAGCACCCUGGGGGAGUUCGAGGUAGAAUUCCAUUUCAACGUGACGGAAUGCCCUAAGCCUGUGACCUUGACUAUCAGGGGCCACGUCACUGGACUGAGCCUGCAUUUCAGCACAGGUGGCCUCGACUUCAAUGACGUCUCCUUUGGCUUUCCUCAGACCUUGUCGUGCCGCCUGAUCAACACCUCCGUGGUGCCCAUCACCUUCCACCUUCGCAUUCCUGAGGACGGCCAGGGACAGCCCAGCCUUAGGAGCUUUGAUCAAGCGAAAGACAACGCUCACCCAUCCUGGGAAAAAAGCACACUGACUCAAUGUCAUGAGAAGCCAGUGGAAUUCACCAUAACACCCAGCACAGGGACCAUCCCUUCCCAGGGAUCCCGGGAGAUCAGGGUCACGCUGUGUUCCAGUGAUGUGGGACGAUACGACUGUGAUAUGGUGGUGGACGUGGAUGGUUUUGGCAAGGAGGUGUUGGCUCUGCACCUCAAAGCCAGAUGUGUCGUUCCUGAGCUGCGUUUGCUCACCUCCACCCUCGACUGUGGACCGUGCUCUGCAAAGGUCCCUUGCCAGAAGACACUGACCCUUGUGAACCCGAGCCCCCUUCCAGGAUGCUACAGAGUUCUCCCUCAGAGACACCAAGAGGCCGCUGCUCUGUGGUACUCCAGCCCCAAACCAUGUGGGAUUAUCCAGAGUCACAAUGUGGUGGAGAUCCCCAUUACAGUUGAAGUCCAGGCGGUGGGUGCUCAUUCCAUCCCGGUGGAUAUUGCCGUGUUCGGGAAGGAGAGAUCCCCACUGCAAAUGCAUUUAAUGUGUACUGGAAAGACACCGCUUGUCUAUGCAAGUGUGAAUAAGAUAAACUUCGGCAAGAUCCAAGUGAUACAGGACACUUCCCAAACUCUCCAGCUGUGCAAUCUGGGUCUCAUCCCUGCAGCCUUCAGAGCAGAGAUCGGUGGCAAAUGCUGGAGUAUUGAACCCAGGGAAGGAGUGGUCCCUGCCAAGGCUGAGGUUCCUGUGGUUGUCACGGCAAACCUGGGUGACACAGGGAGAUUUGAGGACAGCAUGAAGCUGUUUGUUGAGAACAGCCUUACCAGUGUCAUCCCCAUCCAGGCUGUGGGCAUUGGCACCACAAUUGCCAUUGACAAACCGUUUGCUCCAGAGCUGAAUUUGGAACCCCAGUUCAACCUCGUUCCCUGCAUUUUCCGGUUCAACGUGACAAACAAGGGGCAGCAGUUCCAGCGGCUGUACUGGGGCACAGAAGGUUUCAGCACCUUUCGACAGCGUCAUCCUCUCCCAGCCCUCAGUGUCACCAAGGGCAGAAGCGCUUCCCAGAGACCCACCCCCCCCGUAUUUAAGCUGCAGCCAUGGGGGAUGUAUCUGCAGCCAGGCGAGACUAUGGAGCUAGUGCUGGAAGGCUUCUCCAGCACUGUCCAGGAGGUGGAGGAGAAGCUGGUGUGUGAGGCAGCCGUGGGGCCAGAGAUAACAAAGAAAGAGAUAAUCAAGACAAAGGUCACCUGCAAGUUCAUUUCUCCCACGGUGCAAAUAUCAUCCAGAGCAAUCACUUUCUGUGUGGAGAAGCACCCCGAUGAUGUCCUGACUCUUCAGUACAAGCCUCUGUCUUUAAAAAACACCUGCUGCCUGCCAUUCCACCUUUUGCUGGACUUGGAGCAGCCGUUCCUAAUCUGUGCUGCAGACCAGCAGCCCCUCCCUGCAGAGGCCCAGCCUGUGAAGAUGGAGGCAGGGCAGGAACUUCAUCUCUCCAUCAGCUUUAACCCAGCUUAUGAAAAGGAUCCGAUCAGCUGGGUAGCAGAGAAGACUAUGAAGAUCCGGCUGGUGGAACAUCCUCAUGAGGAAGAGAUCACCGUUCGGGGAGAGGUCUACUUCCCGAAUCUCCGUAUCCCGACCAAAGCACUGGACUUUGGUUGCAUCGUGACUGGCACAGAACAAGUGCGUUACCUGGAGAUGACCAACUGCAGCCCAAUUCCUGCCCACUACCACUGGUCAUUCCAGAUGGACAGCAAGGAGUACCCGACAGGGUUCAUACCUUCCCCACCUACAUUCAAACCCCAACCACAAAUGGUCACGUUCGGUUGUGUUGAGUGUGGGCGUUAUUCAAGGAGGUACUUCAGACCUGGAAGUGUGCAGGAGCCAGCCAGAGCCCCGGAAGCAGUGCAGGACUCUUCUCAACAAUCAUCACCUUCAGCAAACUGCCUGGAAACAGAACAGGAUUCUUCCCAACAGACAUCACAUUUAGAGAACUGCAUGGAAACAGAACAGGAUUCUUUCGAAGGGUCAUCAGAUUCAGAGGACUCCCUGGAAACAGAGCAGGAUUCUUCAAAAGAGUCAUCAGAUUCAGAGGACUCCCUGGAAACAGAGGACGAUUCUCCUGAACAGCCAUCAGAUCCAGAGAACUCCCUGGAAACAAAGCAGGACUCUUCCCAAAAGUCAUCAGAUUCAGAGGACUCCCUGGAAACAGAGCAGGAUUCUUCUGAAGAGUCCUCACAUUCAGAGGACUCCCCAGAAGCAAAGGUGCCACCAUCCACUGCUGCAGGGCCUCGGAGCUCAGUAGAGACGAAGAGGUCUGGGCAGUCUGCGGAGGUAAAGCCCCCUGGCUUCAGAGCGGAGGAGGUUUUCGACAUCCAGCCGGUGUCCGGUGUGCUGCAGCCGGGCAAGAGCCAGCAGGUGCCCUUCACCUUCUUUGGCCACGCCAACAUCAUUGCCCGUGUCACGGUGCUGUGCCAAGUGGAGGGAGGCCCAACCUACGAGGUGGAGCUGAGGGGGGAGACUUCAGUCCUCACCUACCACCUGAGCGUCGAGGAGAUUGACUGCGGGCUGCAGCUCUUUAAUGAAGUCACCAAAGCAGAGGUCACCCUGCGGAACAACGGGAAGAUGGGAUUCACCUACAUGGUACAGAGCCCCAGCACUGGCACUGCAGACAAGCCUCUGCCUGGUGUGCUCGUGGUCCUGCCCAGCACAGCUUCCAUUGAACCUGGCAAGGAGCAAGUGCUGAAGCUCUAUUACCUGCCAGGAAUACCAGGAGUCUUCUGCAGGACUUUCCAGGUUCAAGUGGAUCACCUGAAACCGGCAGAAAUCUCCCUGAAAGGAGAGGCGGUCUUUGCCGGGAUCUGUCUGGACCUGCCCUGGAGCAUCAACGGAAGUGAAAAAUAUGAGAAACUAUUGAAACAGGCAAAAGAAAAGUUGAAAAAAGACAAGCAGGACAAGAAAGCAAGUGUUUGGAGGAAGGCUCGAAUCAGGAAGCGACACGCGAAGGGCCCUGGCAUUGUGGCAAACACUUGGCUGAGGAUGGAGAUGGAGCAGAUGCUGAUAAAGGAGGGUGCUCUGGAGCUGCAGCCAAUCCUCAUCUCCCGCCUCCCAGAGGACACUGUCUUUGACAAGCGCAUUCCUCAGAAGCUUGUCCAAGUUGAGCUGCCCGAGUACAUCCUGGACAUGGGCACUGUCAUUCAGGGUUACAGUAAAAGCUGCACUGUGAAGAUCACCAACACCUGGAGGUUCCCAGUGGCCGUCCGGGCCGAUGAACGUGCCCUGCGUGACACAGGUUUCAGCGUAUACCUGGAGCCCGUGGAGUUCCUGAUCUACGGCGCCACCAAACUGUUUCAAGUGAGCUUUGCAAGUGCCAACCUGCCCAUGGGAAAGGUGGAUGUGCUCCUGCCCAUCAAGGUAAAGAAAGGCCCCAUGCUGCACAUCCGCCUCCGUGCCACUGUGAUUCAGCUGCUGCUCAGCCUCUCCAGGAACAGAAUCCAGUUCCCCGAUGUCCAGGUUGGGCAGUGCUGGCACGAAACAGUCCGGCUUUACAACCGGUUCAGCGCGCCCUGUGAAUGGUUCCUCACUGUCAACAAACCUGCCAAGAAGGUGGACAAACGUUUGACACCAGCCGUGCGUCAGAAGGAGCUCCAGGCUGCAAAGGAUGAUUCCCAUGUCUUUCAGUGGAAGGCCCGGGAGGGAACCCUUUAUGGUAGAGAGUGGUGUGACCUGGAGAUCCAGUUUUCACCCCUGGAAGAGAAGUCUUACAAAACUGAGCUGAAGAUCAACGUUCGUGGGAACAGCCAGCUCCUCGUGCUGCACAUCUCAGGACAGGGUCUGGAGCCACAGCUGGAGUUCAGCCCCACAGAGAUCAAGCUGGGAGCAGUGCUGCCGUGCAGCCCUGAGCUGGAGAGGACAGUGGUGGUGAAGAACCCCUGCGAGUUCCCCAUUGAAUUUUACUCCCUGGAGUUUGAUGAGGAGUACCGUGAGGAGGAGAAGAUCCUGCGGACCCUGGAGGAGUUUGAAGACCGGACGGCCGUGGUGAUGCCUCCACGUGCUGUGGGUGAGAAGCUGCCCCCAGAGGUGCUGGAAUGUUAUGAAAAAUGGAAGAAGAUGGAGGCUUCAGGUCAAGAGAUUAUGUCCAAGCUCAAGGAAGAAUCAGGCCAGGACAAUGCAGCGCUUCAAGAGAGCAUCAGGUUGUUAAAGGACAUGGUGGAUGAGUCUGACAGGCCCAUCCGUCAGGCCAUCAGGCGCUACACCCGUCCCGCUGUAGAAGAGCUCAAAGCCCAAAUGCCCAGAGGAAUUGCCAUCAUCGUCUAUGGGACACCCCGAACAGGAAAGACAAGGGUAGCGGCCGCCCUGUCCAAGUAUUACAGUGCCGCCUGCUUGUCCCUGGACGAGGUGGUGACAAAAGCCAUGUCGGAUGAGCGCAGCUCGGCGGGGUGCCGUGCCCGGGAGCUGUGCGUCGAGGCUGCCCGUCAGCAAAGAGCCAUGAGGGAACAGAUGCCGGGUAAAAAGGGUGCUCGGGCCAAGAAAACUGAGCCCAGUCCUGCGGACAAAGCCAACCAGAAGACUUUCAGUGCUGGACCCCAGAGUGCUUCAGCAACCAAGGAUAAGGCAUCCGACAAACCCCAGAUGGCAGCUGUUUCUUGCGCCACCGCUCCUGCACCACAGCGACUGACCAUCCUCACCAGGACGGGGAGAAAGGAGAAAAAGAGGAAGUUUUGGAGCUGUGUGCUGCCUGAGGAAUUGCUGGUGGAAAUCAUCUCUGAACGGCUGCAGCUGAGUGACUGCUACAAGGGAGUGGUGUUUGAUGGCCUGGAGACCCUCUUUGCGAGCAGCCUGGCAUCUUCUCUCCUGUGCGUGCUCAAAGCUGUCAGCAAUCGCCCUCAUAUCCAUGUUGUGAACAUCUUCCAGGAUUCUGAGUUUUGGAAAGGCAGGCGGAUAGCUGCAAGAGAGAGGAGGGCAGCUAAAAAACAGCAGAAAGCACGGGAGAAGGAAGAAGCUGCCCGGAGAGAGGAAGAACGUCUCUGGGAUGUGGAUGUGGACGAGUACGAAGCCCUCCCUGAGAAGCAGAAAGCUCUGCUUGAUUACAAAAUUGAACAAAUCAAGCGUGAGUGGAAUGAGAGAAGGAAGCUGGAGUGGCUGGCUCGAGAGCAUGAGGAAAGCAAAAAGAUGUUGUCACGAGACUCAAAGAAGCAAGAGAAGCUGCAGAAGAAGAAGAAUGGCUGCUCGGUGAAGUUUAAGCUACCCGCAAAAGAGCAGCAGCAGGAAACCGAAAGCCCAGAGGUCCGGAUGAAGAGCAAAACAACAGCAGCAAAACAACAGCAGCAAGAAACCAAAAUCCCAGAGGUCCCGAGUAAGCAUGAGAGGAUCUUGGACCUGAGGUUUAACAUCUAUGAGUCAUCACAGAAGAGGAUCAGACAUAUUCUGUCAUCCUGGGACAGGGUUCAGGGUAUCAUGAACCAAGUGCCAGACAAGUCCCAGUCUUCUCCUAAACACAAAGACGAGAAGAAGAGCAGUAGGUCUCCGGAGAAGGCAGAGAAGAAGCCUCUAGAAAAACAUGGCAGCCACAAGAGUCUUCAGUGGGACGGGGAAGUUGCAGAAGGCUCAGUCAGAAGCCAGGAUGCCGGAGUGCCCUGCUUGGACUUCCACAUCACGCGUGGUGAAAAGGUGUUUAGGAGGAUCCUGAAGAGCAAGAAGCUGCCACCAGCAAAGCAGAUCCUGCACUCUCUGGGACUGGGACCUCCCAUUCCCCCUGGCUGUCUUUUCUCCGUGGUCCCCUACCCAGAGGAGGACAGAGUCUCCACAGCAGCACAAGACCUCAGACACUUCAUCCUUGUUGAACCUGAAGGUGCUGCUGCAGAAGAUGAUGUGAUGGGGGGAUGUCUCUCUCUUUCUCUCUCCCUUUAUGCCAAGGUGCCAGAGGCAGAGGCACAGGACCACUUGAAGGAGGGGAAAGCCACGAGCAGACACAAGUCUAGCAAGGAAAAGCAAAACACCCCCCAGAGCCCAAAAAGUCUCCGUGAUCACUCCCCAGAAACCCCCAGAAGUUUACCUGAGUCAAAGAAAAGCCAACUGCAAAGUGACUCAACCCUCGAGAGACCUGCCAGGCUGAGAAGGUUCCGGUGGAUUGUUCCUGCCCACAGUGAGGUGGAACUGAAGAUCCACUUCAGCACCACAGUGCCAGGGCAGUUUGACCAGAUGAUGAACUUUGAGAUCCUGGGGUCAAAGCGCCUGUACCAGUUGCCCUGCAGUGCCACUGCCCUGUACCCCAGCAUCAGCCAGAACCCACGGCUGGUGUUUCCUCACUGGAGGAAGAGCAAGGAGAAGGAGGACAUCAUCUUCAAGGAGUAUGUCAUGAGUACAAAGCAGUUCCACUUUGGACCGCUGCUUUGUGGGAAGUCAAGAGAGUGGUACAAGGCACAAAACUGCCCCAGCAACAGCGAAAAGUUAACCAUCCUCAACGACUCCCCCAUGGAGGCAGAGGUGCAUUUCUCCUUUGAGAACGACAGUAAAGGAGAGACAUUCCUUUUGGACCCUCCCAACAUGAGACUGCAACCCAAAGAGAAGAAGAAGCUGAGUAUUUGGGCAUACCCGACUUCUGCUGGCCUCCUGGAAGACAGUCUCGUCUGCUGCAUCAGGGACAACCCGGAGCCAGUAGUCUUCCAACUGUGCUGCCAAGGGGUGCACGUGAAGCUGGGGGUGAGCCCCCAGGAGCUGCAUUUCAACAAACUGCUUCUGCACAGGACUCACACCCAGACCCUGGUCCUGAAAAACGACAGCCCACUGCCCAUGGCAUGGCAUCUCAGUGGGCUGGACGACCUUGGAGAUGAGUUCUCUGCAUCACAAGGCAGGGGCAUCGUUGGCCCCCGCAGAGACUUCGAGGUGAAGCUGAAUUUCAAGGCCGAGAAGAUUGGCAUCACGAAUAAGAUGAUCCGACUGGAGGUUUCAGAUACAGAAAACAUCCUGGGCAUUGUUCACACUGAAAUUAUCAAAGUCUCUGUGGAGGUCUACGAUGUUAAUCUGAGCAUCGACAUGCCUGAAGGUCCAGAUGGCAGCUUGGAAUUUGGAACCAUUAAUGUCCUGGAUAAUAAGAAGCAAGUCCUGAGUCUGCAGAACAAAGGCUUACAUGACAUUGAGUACAGUUUCAAACUGACCACUGGAAGUGCCAAGAGGGGCGACUUGGAAUCUCCCUUCACUGUCCAGCCGCAGAGGGCUGUGCUGAAAGCCUCCCGGUCACCUAUGAAAGUUGAGGUCCUCUUCCACCCCACGACUGAAGUGUUUCUCAAGAGCAAACCCAUCCUGCUCUGCCAGGUCACUGAUCCCGAAUUAGGUCAAGGAGGCGAGACCGUUGCCACCAUCCCAGUGAGGGUGUCGGCGAGAGCUGUGUACAGCAAGUACAGCAUCGAGCCUGCCUCGCCCAUCGACUUCGGUGCCAUGAUUAAGGGCACCAAGAAGACCCAGGUCUUAAUUGUGGAGAACAAAGGCACCCUCAACUUCAAAUUCCUCAUCCACCAAGCACCUCCACUGCAAAGUUCACAGCAAGAGGAAUCUACCCCCUCGGUCAGGGAAAGAAAGCGCUCGACGCAGGCUCAGCUCACUGCAGGCGUGUUCACGGUGUCCCCUUGCUCCGGCUCCGUCGGUCCUGGGGGCCAGCAGAAGAUCACAGUGGAUUGCAACGCAGGAGCAGAGGGGAAAUGUGAGGAGCAGCUGUACAUCGACAUCAGCAGCAGAGACCCCAAGGACAAUCCCCUCGGCAUUCCCUUUACCCUGACUGCCAAGUCCUGCUUCCCAGCGCUUGUUGAAGACGUCACGUCCAUCUUUGAGCAGUACCCGAUCCACAGCAACGUCAAUCUCCGCCAGACGUUACAGUCGGUGCAAGGCAACGGUGUGUUCAUCAGAGAUGAUAACAAAUUCAUCUUCACUAAAGUUCAGGUUGGGCAACGGGCCACGGCUCGCUUCAAGAUCUCUAAUGGCAGCAGUGUCCCAUGUGACGUGGUCCUCUCCAUCAAAGCCAUUCCUGGAGAGCCUCACAGCCUCAUCAGCAACAUCUUCAAGCUGGAUCCUGUUGAGAUGAGCAUUCCUGGCUUAUCCCACACCUUUGCUACAGUGACCUUCACUCCAGAACAAAAGGAGGACUACCAGUGCACUUUCACAGCUUCUCUUGUUAUCCCAAAAAGCAGCUCCAUGAAGAUGAAACCCCAACAACUGACCUUCACUAUCAGUGGAGAGGGGCACGUGCCUCAGGUGACAGUAGAGUGUCCGGGCCUUCGGAGUAAGAGGGGAAACCCUGUGCUGUGCUUCAGGAGGCUCCUACUGGGGGAUUCACAGAAACUUCCCCUGGUCCUUCGUAACAAUGGCAUCAUACCCACUCAGUUUACAGUACAAGUCAUGGAUGAACAGGGAGUUUUCUUCCUGAAAGGAAGGCAGUCCGCACUCCAUGCCUUCCACACUGCAGACAUGGAAGAGAACUCCACUGGAAAAGCCAGGAAGCAUCCCAAGAAGCCUUACCUGCUCCUGGAACACAGCCAAUCAGCAGAGUUUGACGUGUUUUUCAAACCCACCCUGGCCCAACGUCUGGAAGGGAAGAUCCAUGUGGCACUGUCAGGCAACAGUGAGAUCAACAUAGAGCUGGUGGGUGAAGGCUACGAUGAUGACUUCACCCUUGAUAACCUCCAUGGACUAGCAGAAGACAGCAAGGAGAGCAAUACUAAGGGCAAUCUGGAGGACAACAUCAUUGAGGCUAUCAGAGCGAAUCACAUAGAGUUUGGGGAGUGUGCAGUCAGGAGGCUCUGCAACAAGACUUUCACAGUCACCAACCGCAGCAAGGAGGAGGUGAUGCGGUUUGAGUGGCUGCUGGCAGACACCCCAUUCCAGUUCUCCCCCAAGGUGGGACACCUCCAACCUGGCUGUGCCAAGGAUAUCAGAGUGACCUUGAAAUCUAACGUCCCGGUCACCUUCAAAAGGCACUCUGUUAAGUGUAAGGUGGCCAAGAUCAAAUACCAGCUACCACCAGAGGAGGUUUAUGACUGGGACAACGAAAUGUGCACUGAGAAGUGGGAGGAUAACACCGAGAGAGUCCCAGGAGCCCGCUGGCCUUUGAAGCAGAAGGUGGUCAAGGCACUCCUGGAACCACCUCACACCGUCCUGAAGAGCAGCCACGAGGUCGAGCUUUUCCUCAGUGCUCAGGUUGACUACGCCGAGUUCAAACUGGAUAUGGUCGAGAUUCAACUGAAGCAGACUGAGCUCUUCCAGACAGAGAUAAGCACUUUCCAGAUGUCCAAUACAGGGAAUGUAGCCCUGAAAUACUGCUGGGAGGGGAAUCUGGAGGAGGAAAUACCAUCAAAGAGUUCUGGGAAGCCAUUCUCGUCCACUCUGACACGUUAUUUCUUGUCCUCUGCUGCUGUGGAUCACUGGGACGGGCAUUGUACAAGGCAGAUGCACGGGGCAUCACCACUCGAGUCAACUCAGCCCCAGUCAGCUCAGCCCCAGUCAACUCAGCCCCAGCCAAGUCUGCGCCUUUCAAAGCAGGUGUGCCACUCUCUGAAGGACCUUAGCUCCUCCCUGGAAUUUUCUCCAAUUCCCGUCAAGGACCCACCGCUGUUCUCCAUCGAGCCCCACUGCGGUACCAUCCCUGCUGGCCAGAAUCAGGUUUUCCAUGUGAAAUUCUGCCCGACGCAUGUGGGGAAAUUUAAGGCCGAAAUGCUCUGCAGACUUCCUAACCUGAAGCCAUCUCAGAAGAACCCACGGGUGUUUGUGAUGGGGAAAGGCUGUUUGGUGAAGGCUGAUCUGAAACGCUCUACGUCACCGCAAAAAGGUAAAACUCUGAGCAGCAAACCCAAGAAGAAGGUGCAGCGGUCACAAAAUUAGAGUGACACCAUUUGUGUCACGGCUUCUCCUGCUCAUGGUUUCCCGGCCUUCAGCAGAGACCUCCCCAGCUACUCUUCAAGCCCCAAUACCUAUCUCUACUUCAUCUGUUUACUACCUAAUAAACUGUGUCUCAACCCACGA